AUCCACCUGAAUUUCUAUUGAAAAACGCAAAUCUAUGUGAAUUUAUUUACUAUAUGUACAAAAAACGUAAAAUUUCCACCGAAAAAGAAGCAUUUACACAAGAAUUCGACUGAGGUACUACUAUUUAGUGCAAAUAAGUUACGUACACGAGCGCAUCCUCCGUCGUUUGUCCCCACCUCAACGGUUGGAUUUUACAGGCUGUGCUUGCGCUCGUAGUCGUGCUCUACGCUCUCGUUUUGUGCGCGAUCGAAAAAUGGCAGCCCCGGUCUACGUCGAGGACGAAAUCGGUCGGAAAUGGGACAGAUGCCUUACGGACGGGAUCCUCAAGUUCGGAGGUGGGCUCGUGAUAGGAACAGUGUUUUCCUUUCUGUUCUUCAAGCGAAAGCGCUGGCCGAUUUUACUCUCCGGUGGUUUCGGCGUCGGCAUGGCCUACUCAAACUGCGAGCGUGAUCUGAACGCCACAAUGCUUGGUGCAUCCAAGCUGCAGAAAAAAUGCGAUUAAACAACUCCUAGAAUCAGCAGCAUGCAUAUGUGAAAGUAAUUAAUCACACAUUUAGUGAACAUUGUAUAUAAAGGGGAAAAUGCCAUUAAACAUCAAAUUGGGUGAUGUCAAUCUGUCUGACUAUGUGUUAUUUAUUAGUUUGUUGGCAUUUCUUGGGUUUUUAAUCUCACUAACAUCAGAGAGAAACAAUAUACAUAUACUGUGGUGUUCAAAUCAACUUAAAUAAAUUAAAACUGUUCAAUAUUAUACUGUUACCACUAAAAUAUCAAAAUAUGUAGGUGACUAGAAGUAUAGUAUGAGUAUUUGUUAUUUUUUAUUUUAAUUUCAUUUGUCCUAUUAUAUUUUUAUAGUUAGUGUUUGAAACAAUAAAGUUGGCGCUGUUAAAUCA